CGGUGCGUGCUGACCGGAUGCGUGGCGGGAGGAACAAGUUUGGACCCAUGUACAAGCGAGACCGUGCCUUAAAGCAGCAGAAGAAAGCUCUUAUCCGUGCCAAUGGCUUCAAGCUGGAGACCGUCCCUCAGAUCAUGUCCCCGGUGCAGAACGAUUACAGCCUGACCUCCACCAUCCACAGCAUCCACGCCAUGUCCAAGACCCUGCCACCCAACCCCGCCGCCCUGACGUCCAUCGACUACGAGCGCAGCCCCUACGGGACCCCGUCCCUGGGAAUGACUGUGCCCAACCACCCGCCGCUCACCGGCUACCACUACCCCUCCUUCACCAACCGCACCAUCAAGUCUGAGUACCCGGACCACUACACAAAUGCACAAGAGUCCAUGCCCACCUAUGUCUAUCCAGAGACCUACCCCAGCAGCUCCCCCCCCGACAUCCCCGAGGUCAUCCUGAAGCUGCUGCAGCUAGAGCCCGAUGAGGCGCAGGUGAAGGCACGGAUCCUGGCCUGUCUGCAGCAGGAGCAAGGCAAAGGGCGGCACGAGAAGCUCAGCACCUUCGGCCUCAUGUGCAAGAUGGCCGACCAGACCCUCUUCUCCAUCGUGGAGUGGGCGCGGAGCUGCAUCUUCUUCAAGGAGCUGGAGGUGGGCGACCAGAUGAAGCUGCUGCAGAACUGCUGGAGUGAGCUGCUGGUGUUCGACCACGUCUACCGGCAGCUGCAGCAUGGCAAGGAGCACAGCGUGCUGCUGGUCACUGGCCAGGAG